ACAAAAUGCUUACAGGUGCAGCACGCUCCGCCGCUUCUCGCGUAGUUCUGCGCCCAACUCUCCAGACGCGGAACAUGGCAACACUCCGUGAGAUCGAACUUCGUUUAAAGUCCGUUAGAAAUAUCGAGAAGAUCACCAAGUCUAUGAAAAUGAUUGCCUCAACAAAGCUUGCAAAAGCACAACGCGCAAUGGCUAAUGCCAAGAAUUAUGGGUUGGCUAGCAACGAAGUGUUCAAGAAUGUGGAUGCUCCUGGAGGAGACAGAAAGCUUUUUGUUGUCAUUUCAUCAGACCGUGGCCUUUGUGGUGGAAUCCAUUCAUCUGUUACCAAAGCCACCCGAAGGCUCCUUGAUGAGGGCAAUGAGGAUGCUAGGAUAGUUGUCCUAGGAGACAAGAGCAAAAGCCAACUCACACGGCUCUUGCCAAACAACCUGCUUCUCACGUUCAACCAAGUUGGGAAAGAUGUUCCUACAUUUGCGGACGCCUGUGUCGUCGCGAACUUCAUCACCAAGAGUAACGCGGAAUUUGAUUCUGUGCACAUUGUAUACAAUGAAUUUGUCUCCGCUAUCAGCUAUCAGGCGGCUGCCAUGAAAGUAGUGAACCAGACUGCUCUACAGGAGGCUCCCAAUUUCAAACAAUAUGAGAUGGAAGAUGAUGUAACCGAAGACCUUACUGAAUUCUCGAUCGCAAAUGCAGUGUACGCGGCACUCGUUGAAGGGCAUGCGGCCGAGAUCAGCUCAAGACGCAAUGCGAUGGAUAAUGCAUCUAAGAAUGCUGGGGAGAUGAUCACUUCGCUGCAAAUGAAGUAUAAUCGUGGACGUCAGGCAGCCAUUACGAACGAAUUGGUUGAUAUCAUCACUGGUGCUAGCGCUCUUUAAUGCAAGGGUUCCCAAAACUUUAGAUGAUUGGUAUUAAUCUUGACUACAAUCCUACAUAAAAAUGUAGAAGGAUGGUCAUGCUUGUGAUCCUGCGAAACUUUGAGUGCAGCUUGACAGACUUCGGGCAUUGAUUGCACAUCCCCUUGCCCUGACGAGUUAGUCACCACAUCCCGUAGAUGGGAGGUAACAUCACCACAACUGCACGAAACCUCCAAACUAUGUGUGACAUUAAGAUUGUUGGGACG